CAAAACAAAAUAAAAUUUGUUGUCAUUUGAGAAUCUCUGCAACUCCUCGUCUAGGGAGAAGAGAGAGAAUUAGCAAAAAGAAAAAAUAAUUUUCUCAAACGCUUUUUUGAUUUUAACAAACGAAUUAGUCGCAAUAAAAAUCUUAAUCAAAGACCCUUUUUGUAAUUUUCUGUUUCUUUCUCUCUCUCUUCUAUUCUUUUCUCUUUGAGCUCGAUUGUGUCCAUCUUUGGCCCUCCUUUGAUUCUCCGCUUCUCGGAAAAAUGGAUGGGUCAAAUCACCGAAGCAGCAGUAGUGUUGAUGUGUUUUUACCAAAUUAUAAGCUUGGUAAAACUCUUGGAAUUGGUUCCUUUGGCAAGGUGAAAAUAGCAGAGCAUGCAUUGACUGGCCAUAAAGUUGCCAUCAAGAUACUAAAUCGUCGCAAAAUAAAAAACAUGGAGAUGGAAGAAAAAGUGAGAAGAGAAAUAAAGAUAUUGAGGUUGUUUAUGCAUCCUCAUAUUAUAAGACUGUAUGAGGUUAUAGAAACACCAACUGAUAUAUAUGUUGUAAUGGAAUAUGUGAAGUCUGGAGAGCUCUUUGAUUAUAUUGUGGAGAAAGGUAGGCUGCAGGAAGAUGAAGCACGUAAUUUCUUCCAGCAGAUAAUAUCUGGUGUAGAAUAUUGCCACAGGAAUAUGGUUGUUCACAGAGACCUUAAGCCUGAGAAUUUGCUUUUAGAUUCAAAAUGCAAUGUGAAGAUAGCAGAUUUUGGGUUGAGCAAUAUAAUGCGAGACGGUCAUUUUCUCAAGACGAGUUGUGGAAGCCCAAACUAUGCUGCCCCGGAGGUAAUAUCUGGGAAACUGUAUGCUGGCCCUGAAGUGGAUGUAUGGAGCUGUGGUGUUAUAUUGUACGCUCUUCUUUGUGGUACUCUUCCUUUUGAUGAUGAAAACAUUCCCAAUCUCUUUAAGAAAAUCAAGGGUGGGAUAUAUACUCUUCCUAGCCAUUUAUCACCUGGUGCAAGAGAUCUGAUCCCAAGGAUGCUUGUCGUUGAUCCAAUGAAGCGAAUGACGAUCCCUGAAAUCCGUCAGCACCCUUGGUUCCAGGCUCGUCUUCCACGUUAUUUGGCUGUUCCUCCACCAGAUACAAUGCAACAAGCUAAAAAGAUUGAUGAGGAGAUUCUCCAGGAAGUGGUCAAGAUGGGAUUUGACAGGAAGCAACUUAUUGAAUCUCUUAGCAAUAGAAUACAGAAUGAUGCUACUGUUGCAUACUAUUUGUUGUUGGACAACCGAUUCCGUGUUUCCAAUGGUUAUCUCGGAGCUGAGUUUCAAGAAAUAAUGGAAUCUGGUUUCAACCGUAUGCAUGCAAAUGAACCUACUUCUCCAGCCGUUGGGCACCGCCUUCCAGGUUACAUGGAUUUUCCAGGAACAGGUUUAAAAUCACAGUUUGCGGUCGAUAGGAAAUGGGCACUUGGACUUCAGUCACGAGCCCACCCUCGUGAAAUAAUGACAGAAGUCCUAAAAGCUCUACAAGAACUGAAUGUGUGUUGGAAGAAAAUUGGUCACUACAAUAUGAAGUGCAGGUGGAUUCCUGGUAUUCCUGGUCAUCAUGAAGGCAUAGUUAAUGACCCUGUGCAUAAUAAUUUCUUUGGGGAUGAAUCCAGCAUCAUUGAGAACGAUGGAGUCAUUAAAUCACCUAAUGUGGUGAAGUUUGAAGUGCAGCUUUACAAAACUCGCGAGGAGAAAUACCUACUUGACUUGCAAAGGGUACAGGGUCCCCAGUUCCUGUUCUUGGAUCUUUGUGCAGCUUUUCUUGCACAACUCCGAGUCCUUUAGAGUGACAAAUUGUAGGCUCUCAAGAAGAACUCUGCCCAUAGAUAUCUCUUGUUAUGCCUGUGAAUAAUAAAUCACGGUGUAAAUAACUGUCCUUCAGUCUGAUUCUUGCUUUGACCUUUCUUUCUUUUUCUUUUCCUUUUUCUUUUUCUUUUCAAUUUCUCCCUCAAUUUUAUAUGGGUAAUUGCUGUGUAAUACCAACAUCCAACACUGAAGUUGGCUAAAUCACUAGUAGUCUGUUUUUGAAAGCCUGCUGUCUCUUUAGGACUUGAAAUAUUAAACCUUAUGGCGAAUUUUAUAAUUUCUGAGAAAGGAUAUACCUCCUCUUCUACUUUUGAGAAAAUAUGUAAUUAAUCUUCUGUUAUUUCUGCAUGUAACUGUUCUUCUAAUGGUAUUAUUCUAAAUUGUUUCA